AUGAAACUGUUCUUGCUCGCCCUGUCCUGCCUGGCGGCGCUUGCGCUGGCCGAGGAGCCCAUCCUCCUGCACUACCACGAAAACGCGGGCAUCCGUCAGGCCGAGCUCAUCAGGCAGACGGAGCAGGCCAUCGACUUCGACGGUACCAGGAUCGUGGGAGGAUCGGCGGCUAGGGUCGGACAGUACCCAUAUCUGGGUGGCCUGGUGAUCACUCUCCAAAAUGGCGCGACCUCCGUCUGCGGCUCCUCCAUGGUGACCAACAACCGCGCGGUUACCGCCGCCCACUGCUGGUGGGACGGCCGCAACCAGGCGCGUCAGUUCACCGUCGUGUUGGGCUCCGUCCGCCUCUUCUCCGGCGGCACCAGGAUCAACACCAACAGCGUGGCCAUGCACGGCUCAUACAACCCCAGCAACCUGGCCAACGACAUCGCCGUCAUCAACAUGAAUUGGGUCAACUUCUCAAACGUCAUUGGGCGCAUCAACCUGGCUUCAGGCAACAACAACUUCGCUGGAACAUGGGCCAUGGCCGCCGGUUUCGGCAGAACUGGUGACUCGGCUGGCAUCGGCCAGAACCAGAUCCUCUCGCACGUGAGCCUGCAGGUCAUCACGAACGCCGUGUGCAGAAACACCUUCGGGAACACCAUCAGGGACUCCACGCUUUGCGUCAGCGGCGCCGGAGGCAGGAACAUCUGCCAGGGAGAUUCCGGUGGACCUCUUGCCGUCGGCUCUACCCUCAUCGGUGUGACAUCUUUCACCUCGGCCCGUGGCUGCCAAGCUAAUCUGCCGUCUGGAUUCGCCAGAGUGACAUACUUCAACGCAUGGAUCAGGUCCCGCCUG